GAGCCUCCUAUGUUAUCGAUGUACCGCUUGUAGAGUCUAUUUGGCUCGAUCCCGUACCAUCCAGAUCGACAGUACAGACAGAUCGACAACCAUGCUUCUCUAUUUGCUUUUGUCGGUAUUCGCUUUUGCCUCUGAGGCAUUUGCCGCGUUUGGCUUCACCCAGUCCGGCAGUAACUAUGUCAUUGACGCCGGGUCGAGCAACGCGUUGGUCUUCACUGUCAACGGAGGUAGCUGCGACAUAACCUCCAUCAAGUAUCGUGGCACCGAACUUCAGUCCUCCCAGGGCACGCAUUUGUCCUCGGGUCUGGGUACCGCGACUGUCAAGGUAGAAUCAGUUACAGCUAGUUCCGUCAACUACGUAAAGGUGACCUGCACCACUUCGACCUUGACCCAUUACAUGGUAGUUAAAGAGGGAGAGAGCAACAUAUACCUCGGUACUUACAUCAAGGAGGAACCUUCUGUAGGCGAAUUACGCUUCAUCGCCCGCCUGAAGUCAUCAGUGCUGCCGGAAGAGUACCCCUAUGGCAAAGUAUCUACCACCUCUGGCAGCUCCUCUACCGUAGAGGGAUCCGAUGUAUUUAUCGUCGACGGAGAAACCCGAUCCAAGUUCUACUCAAGCACCCGCUUCAUCGACAAGGAUGCGCAGUGCGUCUACGGCGGCACCGAUGUGAUUCACGCUUGUGUGUUGGCGCCGCAACCCGAGUCGUCCUCUGGCGGCCCAUUCUUCCGUGAUAUCGAAUCCAACAACGCUGGCGAUGCCACUAACCUCUACUGGUACAUGAACAGCGGUCAUGUCCAAACUGAAGCGUACCGAGUUAACGUCCUCCACGGUCCUUAUGUCUUGGCCUUUACGCGAUCAGGCGUGCCCAAGGCCAAAGACUUUGACACGUCUUUCUUCUCGGGACUCAGCAUCACAGGCUACGUCGCGGACUCGGGCCGUGGACGUGUCUCCGGCAAAGCCACCGGAGUGGCCAGUAGCUUCCAAACUGUUGUUCAUUGGUACAACUCGGCAGCCCAGUAUUGGACCAUCGCAUCCAACAACAACUACGUUUCCCCCGCCAUGAAACCAGGCACGUAUACUAUGGUCUUGUACCAAGGUGAAUACAAAGUCGCCACCGCUACCGGCGUUACCGUGAGUGCUGGCCAAACUACGACGAAGAACAUUGCGAGCGGCGAGACGACCCGAAACUCGCUUUGGAAGAUAGGCGAAUACGACGGCCAGCCCACCGGCUUCCUCAACGCGGACAAGUUCCUCCGGAUGCAUCCCUCCGACUCGCGCAUGUCGGCAUGGACGCCCGCCACCUACACUGUAGGCUCUUCGUCCUUGAACCAGUUCCCCAUGGCUCUCUUCCAGGCCAAGAACAACCCCGUGACUAUCAAGUUCAACCUGAACUCUGCUCCCGGCGCCGCCACCCUCCGCAUCGCCACCACGCUGUCCUUUGCCGGCUCCCGUCCGCAAGCCAAGGUCAACUCCUGGACCGGGCCAGCGCCAGCGGCUCCAACUAAGAUCGACAGCCGUGGCGUGACUCGUGGCGCAUACCGCGGUUUCGGCGAAGUUUACGACGUCAGCAUUCCCAGCGGUACGCUUGUUGCUGGUGCCAACACCAUCACCAUCACUUCCAUCUCAGGGAACAGUGGUGCCGAUUUCUUGAGCCCCAAUCUCAUCUUUGAUGCCGUUGAGCUCUUCACAUAAGAAAUGGAUGUGACUCAAGGAACAGACGUCACGAGAUAGCAGAGGCUAUUUCGAUUAGUUAAAAGCUUAG